UAGACUCAUAGAAAAGAAGUUGUCUUAUUGAUUGGCUAACCAUAUUGUAUCCCUCGAAUGUUGCUAGAAUGAUGGAAAAUCUACAUUUCAUCUAAGUUAUUUUUACAAAGCUAAUUUCUACUCUAUUUACAGUUUUACGUCUUACCGUUUCUUUAAAACCUCAUAUUAGGUUUUGGAACCUAAAAGACAGGAAGGCCAAGCCAACUUGAAACGAGUUUUCUUGAUACUGACAAGUGGCAUUUGACAAUCCGUUGUCAAUUUGACACAAAAUUGGUUUGCGUUUUCAAAUUGUGUAUUUUGUUUAUUUUUAUGAACUUUAUUGUAUUAUAGGUUGAAAAGUAAUUAAUAAUAAGCAGGCGUUUUCAGUCUAACUUAAUUUCAAGUCAAGCAGUUAUAAUUGUAGUAGAUAUUCUUUAUUUUUUUCAUAUCCUUUUAUUUUGCCGGCAAAAUGAGUGAUUAUCCGGACCCCGAGGAAGAAUAUGAGCUUAUGUACGCUGAUGAACUGGAAAUGCUCAAUGAAGACGAAGAACAUAAUGAACCAAAUAUAAUCAAGAAAAAGCCCUUACCAGCAAAACGGAGCCUUGAUUUCUCAAGUCCAAUAGCCAAGAAACCUAUACCCAGCAAAAUCACUAGCCAACCUACAGAAACUAACCUUACUCCCGACAUAUCUCUCACUCCAAACUUGCAACCUUUAGAAACUAUAGAGGAUAUACAACCUCCUUCAAGUAAAAGAACAGCAGAGGAACUCUUUGGUGACAUCGAUGACAUAGAUUUCAAUGAACAGUUGCCAAGUAAAAAACAAAAAACGGACGAAGAAAAUGAUUUAGACCUUAUAGAGAAAAUCCUUGAGGGAAGGCGGUUGAAACAGAUGUUAUUGGAGCCAACUGGAAGAAGUCUUGGUUUCAGGUCUAGUUACAAUGCUAAAGAAAAUUUGUCAUUAGAUAUACCAAGAUGGGCAUUUCUGCCUCUAACAAAUGCUGAUGGUGACAGAGUGUAUGUGAAGCUGGAAUCCGAGGAGUCUUGGGACAGUUCUCUAGAUAUGACUACUGAUCAGAUCUCCUUGCAGUCAACAUAUGCCAGUACUUGGGAUGAGGCUAGGAAAAUUUUGGAAACCAAACAAGAGAGACAGUUGGGUCUAGUAGAUGAUCUCACCCAACCCCUACCUGGUAUUAACACCGAUAUCAAUGGUAAUGUCUUGUGGGUUGAGAAGUAUAAGCCUAAGUCAUAUGUGGACCUGCUGUCUGACGAGCCAGUUAAUAGAGCACUGCUGCAUUGGCUACAUUUGUGGGAUAAGAUAGUAUUCAAGAAGGAAGUGAAGACUCUUGAACCGCAGCAGCGUACGACCUUCAGCAAGCGCGCGGGACAGUUCCAGCUCACCAACAAGUGGAGGGGUAAGAAGGAGGCCGAAGUGGAACUGGAUGAGGACGGCCGCCCUCACCACAAGGUGGCGCUGCUGUGCGGACCGCCAGGCGUCGGGAAGACUACCUUAGCGCAUCUGCUGGCGAAGGUUGCUGGCUAUAGACCGGUGGAGCUGAACGCGUCUGACGAGCGCAGUGCGGACGCCUUCCGCAACGCGCUGCAGAGUGCCACGCUCAUGCGCUCUGUACUGGACGCCGAGAAACGACCCAACUGCUUGAUACUAGAUGAAAUAGACGGUGCUCCACUACCAACUGUAGAGUUAUUGGUCAGAUGGUGCACAGCUACUGUGCCUGAAGGCAAGAAGAAAGCUAAGACCCAGCCGCUGAAGAGGCCCAUCAUCGCGAUAUGUAAUGAUUUGUAUGCACCUUCACUGAGGCCGCUGAGAGCGGUAUCCCUGACGGUCCUGGUGGGCGGCGUGUCCCCGGCGCGGCUGUCGCUGCGCCUGCAGCAGGUGUGCGGCGCGGAGCGGCUGCGGCUGGCGGCGCGCGCGGCGGCGGCGCUGGCGGCGCGCGCGGCGGGGGACGUGCGGGCCGCCAUACUGCUGCUCAGCUUCCUCAAGGCCAGGGAUAAGGCACAGAUAACCAUGGAAGACGUAGAAAACGCAGCGAUAGGCACUAAGGACUGCCACAAGAGCCUCCUACAAGCAUUGCAAAGUAUAUUCACGACCAACGACAGCGAUCCGAGCGCCGCGCUCAAAACUAUACAGGCUGCUGGCGAAUACGACAGACUAGCUGACGGUAUCUUCGAGAACUACCUGUCGUCCCGCUCGGACGGGCGCCUGCGCGUGUCGUGCGAGGUGUCCUCGUGGCUGCUGCUGCACGACGCGCUGAGCAGCUGGGUGCAGCGACACCAGAACUACAGCGUGUACGCCGCGCUGCCGCUCGUGUUGGCUCGCUGCAGUACACUGCUAGCCUCUAGGACACCUAUUAGAGUGAAAUUCCCGUUUCAGGCACAAGAGAUGUACCGUAAGAAGUUAGAGCUAGAGGGCAUAGUGCAGUCGGUCCUGAGCGGCAGUACGCCGUCAGUGUGCAACAACCGCAACGCGCUGCUACUGGAUGUGUUGCCGCUGCUGCCGUAUCUACUGGCUCCUAAUCUCAGAACUGCUAACGUACAGUUAUGUAGUGAGAACGAGCGCAAGUCGUUACGCGCGACGGCGGGCGCCAUGUGUGACUACGGGCUGCAGUACGUGCAACAGCGGACGCCCGACGGACUGUACGCCUUCGUAUUGGAACCACCCAUAUAUAAGGUGGCCUUCUAUGGUACUGAGGAAAAAGUGCGUCCACCGCCAGCGAUAAGGCAGGCAAUAUCUCGCGAACAACAACUUGAAGUCAUCAGACGGAAUGAGGAGAUGGCUAGCAGAGUACCGAAUAAAGGCAAGGCUAGUGACACUCUAAAAGCGACAGUCGAUAAGAAGACAGAGUCUACCAGCAAAGAUAAAGAAGUUGCGCUACCAAACCAUUUACAACGGUUACAGCCCAAAGCCGUAGUCAGAAGUGCACCACAGGUACAUAAAGACUUUUUCGGACGAAUUGUUCCUCUGUCACAAGUGCAACGAAAUGACCCGGUGGCCGACGUGAUAUCAUCAAGCAGUGUGUUCUACCAGUACCAAGAAGGUUUCAACAACGCUGUGCGGAGAAAUGUACGCGUUCGUGAUUUACUAUAGAAAAUAACGUAUUAAGAUAAGUUUAGAAUAUAUAUAUGUAAAGUUUUUUUUUAUAUUUGUAUGUAAUAGUCGAGUUAAGGUCUUAGUAAUGGAGAAACGUUUAUGUCAAAACCGAUCAAAAUACUUUUUCAUUAAUCUGUUGGUUGCUUCCAAUAAUUACUUUGUUAUGAUUGUAAACAACCACAUUACUGUAUUUUUUUAGAAGUUAGCCUUUAAGUUAAACUGUUCGUAUAAUUGUAAUUGAUUCGUUGUACAGCAUAAGUAUGUAGUUAUCGGCAAGUAGACAGUAGGGUCGACGAGCGGCUUUUCAGAGAAUGCAACUGAUUUUAAAUGUAUAACUCAGUUUUAUUUAGUAAGGGCUGGCCCAUUCAAACUAAGUUCGGAAUAAAGUCUGAAUUAUAAGAAACUGGAUUGCAGGCGUUGUGCCCCAAACUUAUUAAUUACUUGAAAUAACAAAACUUGCUCAGCUAUUCCUGAAGUUGUGUUGUAUGUUCACCUGCGAUGAUAACUUUGAACAUAAAUACUUAUUUAAUGUAGCUAUACGUUACUUUAAAUAAUCAUCACAUAAAAUACAGGGAAUUUUCUUUCAGGGGAUUAUCAUUAGCGUUCUUUCAAUUGUAAAUUACGAUCUAGUUCAGAGAAACUAGGUCGUAAUUUUGUUCAUUAUAAUCUAUACUUCUAUACUAAGCUGAAGAGUUUGUUUGUUUGAACGCGCU